AUGUUCACCACGUGGACAUACAAGCAUGCUGGACAUUCUGUCGUUGAAAGAGGUAAUCGAAUUCGUCCAGAAAGACAUAAUCGGAAGAAUAUUCAGAAAAUGACUUGGCGCUCUAAUGAUUGGGUGAAAGGAUUUCGAGAAGAAGUUGAAAGUCGCGUGGAAAGCAUGACCAUUGCAGAUGUCAGUCCUGGAGUUGCAAUUAGAAGAGUUCUUUUGCUCUAUGAGAAUCAACAAUAUCGUGAGGCAGCAAAUUUUAUCAAUCGCCUUAAUUACAGUACAUUUAAAGUAAUACUUGGUGAGCUACCAGUGGAGUUAUUCGUAGAUAACAUUCCACAUACUCUAGCCAUUUUAGAAGCAUUGUAUGCCAGAGUGUUUUUGGCAGAUGGUCUGGAAAUUUCUUUGAAACUUUUGAGACCAGACAGUGUGGUUAUGCAGAUGGUCAAAGUUUUCGCAUUGCAGCAAGAAGAUUCCUCCCCAGUGAAUAGUUUUACCUUAGAUCCUAAGCAUCCUGUUGUAGCAUCAUGCAAGAAAUUACUAAAAGUAAUAGUUCUUUCGGAACCAAGAAUGAAGAAACUUAUUACCACCAGAAAAAGGGCUCUAGACAAAUCCAUCAAAGGUCUUGGACAGCAUGGUAUGGUUGGGACAUCAGAAAACACGUUGAUGAAUUUACAUGAAGCCUUAAAAUUGGAAUUUGAAAGAGUUAUUCACAGAUACAAAAGUGCAGUGCAAAAGUUGGAUGAACUAAGUCUGGCCCCUAAGCAGCCAAUAACAAGAUCCAUUUCCCAUGGGCCUGCUCCAAUCAAAGCAAGCCAUCAGCGGCAGUUAAGCCUUAGACAAGAAGAAAUUCAGGAGAGACUUAUCAAAAACAAGACUCUUCUGAAUGUUAUCGAGCCUACAUUGAACAAUCAGUCGAUGAAUACUCUGUUAAGCAUACUACAAAAGCGAAUCGAAACCGACAAGGAUGCUAUGUUCCAGUUCACGCAGCUUCGCAAAGAGGUGAAAGACAUGAGUCCGAAUGCAAUUGUUGCUUCAGUUCUUAUGAGAUUCUCCCAAGGUUGUCAGAACGUUUUAGAACUUAUCAAAGACUUCAGUGAUGAUGAUAACGAUGACAGCAGUACAGAUCUUUCUGGGUACCACAGCGACUCCGACUCAGCUAUUGCUCUUAGCGGAUCUUCACCAACAGGUUCAACCACAAACCGAACGUACAAGUACAAUUUGCUUUAUCGAUCAGUGCGUUUCGGAGACAGAAAUAGAAGUACUAGAAGCAGUGGCAGCAGUGAUAAUCAGUCACUUACUGGAGGAACUUCCCUUAGUUCAUUGAAAAGCAUUAUCAAAAGCCAUCCUGAAAUGACUAAUGGCUCCCGGGGAUGCUUCCAGACAAAAAUUCCGCAAGUGGAACCACGAGGUUUAUGUAAAUUUUCUGAAUCACCUACUCCAAGCCUACAAUUGUCAUCAAGUAGCCAUUCUUCUACAGUAUCACAUGAUUCAUGGCAAGUUGCGUCUUUAAGACGAGAGGUCGAAAUGCUUAAGUCGGAGCUUACGCAGUCAAGGCGCAGCAUUGAAUGUCUUCAAGAGCGUGAAAGGAAAAUGAAAGAAAGAUUAUCUGAGCAAGCUCGUUUGAUGCUAGAUAGAGGAAUGAGAUUUGAGAACGUAGCAUUAGGCGAAAGAAGGCCUACAGCUUUGAUACGACGAUAUGGGAACUUGUACGCCCAGUCCAGAGUCGACACAUUAGACGCCUUAGAUAGCAUCGCGGAGCUAGAGCAUGCUCACGAUUUAAAAUCUAAGAUUCUCUUCUCGGCUAUUGUACUCUCCUUCCGAUCUGUGUAUAACACAAUAUGUGAGAUUCGAUCUCGGGUAAGACAUAUUCUGCAGAUAUGUGAAGAGAGAGAAAGAAUGGAUCCUACUCUUCGAGAUCUCGACUUCUGCAUAAGCACGUACCUCAAGAAUUCGGUUGACAAAUUUGAUCUACGGAAGAAUCUAGAUGAGGUUCUGUCGCAAAUUUGGGCCACACUUUAUGACUAUCCAUCCUUGAAAAAAUGUGAAGGCCUGAAGCAUUACAUUAAAGAUUGCGUCCGUCUGGCUUGGAGUCUUUCUAAUCAGUAUCCACCUUUUGUUAUUGAAUAUGAUGCAAGGACUUUUCGUCGGGAUCUACAUGUUCGUUUUCAUUCUUCCAACCAAGAAUCCGAACACAUCAAGACAUAUCUGUGGCCUACAUUAUUGGAAGGAAAAAAUGGCCCAUGCGUUCACAAAGGUGUGGUCGUAACGUAAUUUUCUAACAAGAGAUUCAGAGAAUCUUUCAAGAGAAAAAUACAAUUUAAUUUAUCAUAUUCUACUUCAUACUUUGACAAAGAACAAUUUAUUAUUUGUAUUAUCCCCUUAUUUCAUGUUUUGAUGCAUUUAAACCGUAAGAGAAACUAGAUUCUUGUUUAUCACCAAUAUAUUUCUGGCUUGAAUAAUUUAAGUAAUUAUCAAAUAGCAAUCAUUGAGCGAUAAUUAAAUGGAUAUCUGGGAAAGAGAAGGGCAAAUAUAAGUUCUUUUUUAACAUAGCCCUCUUUCCUGCAUUCAUUCAGGUUUUUCAUUAUUAUCGAUAAUUUUAAAGACCUUUCUUCUUCGAAAUAAUAAUCCCACAUUAAAUUAUUUACGAUGUGGAUAGUCAAAAGGUGUAGUUUAUUGUAUUUAAGUACUUUUUAUAAAUUAUUAGAAAAGGUUCAAAAAAAAUGUAGAAACAGUUAUGCAUUUGUAUUCGCAUGAUAUUGCAUUUAUAACCUUCUUUCAAACUCAAACUCUGGCAUUUUGAGACAAUGCAAUUAAAAAGUAUUGCUCGAGUAUGAGCUGCCUUUCGUUAUUUAUGUAUUUCAAACUCCUUGUCACAAAAACUUCUAAACAUUUUACUUAUUUAUAUGAUUAUUAUAUUUAUUUUUUUUUUGUAUUUAUUUUAAUUUUUGUAAUUAGUCACUUAACCAGAAAUUUGAGAUCGUAUCUCUAUUUGCGUUAUGUUCAUCAAAAGACUUUUUC